GCCUUACAGAGCCCCCGCCCGCAGAUGGCCUGGCCUACUCCGCCUUGCUGAAGAACGAGCUGCUGGGAGCCGGCAUCGAGAAGGUGCAGGACCCGCAGACGGAGGACCGAAGGCUGCAGCCCUCCACGCCUGAGAAGAAGGGCCUGUUCACGUAUUCCCUCAGCACCAAGCGCUCCAGCCCCGACGAUGGCAACGAUGUGUCUCCCUACUCCUUGUCCCCCGUUAGCAACAAGAGUCAGAAGCUACUGCGGUCACCACGGAAACCCACCCGCAAGAUCUCCAAGAUCCCCUUCAAGGUCCUGGACGCACCAGAGCUGCAGGACGACUUCUACCUGAACCUGGUGGACUGGUCGUCCCUCAAUGUGCUCAGCGUGGGGCUGGGGACCUGCGUGUACCUGUGGAGCGCCUGCACCAGCCAGGUGACCCGGCUCUGUGACCUCUCGGUGGAAGGGGACUCGGUGACCUCCGUGGGCUGGUCUGAACGGGGGAACCUGGUGGCCGUUGGCACGCACAAGGGCUUUGUGCAGAUCUGGGACGCAGCUGCAGGAAAGAAGCUGUCCAUGCUGGAAGGCCACACGGCACGCGUUGGGGCGCUGGCCUGGAACGCUGACCAGCUCUCGUCCGGGAGCCGGGACCGCAUGAUCCUGCAGAGGGACAUCCGGACCCCGCCCCUGCAGUCAGAGCGGCGGCUGCAGGGCCACCGGCAGGAGGUGUGUGGGCUCAAGUGGUCCACGGACCACCAGCUCCUCGCCUCGGGGGGCAACGACAACAAGCUGCUGGUCUGGAACCACUCGAGCCUGAGCCCCGUGCAGCAGUACACGGAGCACCUGGCGGCCGUGAAGGCCAUCGCCUGGUCCCCGCACCAGCACGGGCUGCUGGCGUCUGGUGGUGGCACGGCUGAUCGCUGCAUCCGCUUCUGGAACACGCUCACGGGGCAGCCACUGCAGUGCAUCGACACGGGCUCCCAGGUGUGCAACCUCGCCUGGUCCAAGCACGCCAACGAGCUGGUGAGCACGCACGGCUACUCGCAGAACCAGAUCCUGGUGUGGAAGUACCCGUCCCUGACCCAGGUGGCCAAGCUGACCGGGCACUCGUACAGGGUCCUGUACCUGGCCAUGUCCCCUGAUGGAGAGGCCAUAGUCACUGGUGCUGGGGAUGAAACCCUGAGGUUCUGGAACGUCUUUAGCAAAACCCGUUCGACAAAGGUAAAGUGGGUCGGUAUCAGUGCCAGCUGUUCCCCUGCGCGCGUCCCCUCGCCUGUCCUGGGGGCUUCCCCUGCCCACACCCCCCCGCCCCCCCGCCCCCCCACCCAGCCCC